CUAUACUCUUCUUCUUAUCUUCAGCCAGAGCAUUUCGCCGGCAUCACAUUCAUUCUUCGGAUCCUCGACAGAUCAUUCCCCUCCUUCUAGAUAGUUAUCCUUCACUGUACAUAUCCGUCCAUCUAUCUUUUUAUCAAUCUCUAUCGCCAUGUAUUUACCCACACUCGUUGCCACUCUAGGCCUCCUCGCCACCUUCUCCUCAGCCAUCCCGUACCCCCUCUCCCCCCGUGCCUCCAGCGGCCAAAACGUUGUCUACUGGGGUCAAAACGGCGGCGGAACAAUCGAGAACAAUGACCUGUCAACAUACUGCACCCCGACAUCUGGAAUCGACAUCAUAGUCCUCGCCUUCCUCUAUUCCUACGGAAACGGGAAUACCAUCCCCUCAGGCACAAUUGGACAAUCAUGCUUCAUUGCCACUUCCGGCCAGGGCCAGAACUGCGAUGCUCUUACGUCAUCAAUCGCUAAAUGCCAAGCUGCUGGUGUCAAGAUCAUCCUUUCUCUAGGCGGUGCUAGUGGUUCUUAUACAUUGACUUCCCAAGCAGAAGCAGAAGCCAUCGCAACCUCCCUCUGGAACGCCUACGGCAACUCCGGCAACACUGCCGUGCAGCGCCCUUUCGGAAGCAUUUAUGUAAACGGCUUCGACUUCGACAUCGAAGUCUCGUCCGGCGCCGCCUACUACCCGUACCUAAUCGCCAAACUGCGCACCCUCUUCGCCUCAGAUCCAUCACACACCUACUACAUCACCGGAGCACCACAAUGUCCGAUCCCGGAACCGAAUAUGGGAAGCAUGAUCGCUAAUGCUCAGUUCGACUACCUCUGGGUGCAGUUUUAUAAUAAUAAUAAUUAUGCGCCGGACCCUUGCUCGCUCGGCUUCAACGGAAACGCUCCUUUCAACUACGAUCAAUGGGUUUCUUCUCUGUCCGGGACGAAGUCGGCGAAUGCGAAGAUAUUCAUCGGUGUUCCUGCUGCUCCGUUGGCGAGUACGGGGACGCCAAGUGGGGAGAUAUACUACAUUACUCCAGACCAACUCGCCACUCUCGUCGGCCAAUACAAAUCCCACUCAAACUUCGGUGGGAUCAUGAUGUGGUCAGCAGGCUUCUCAGACACAAACUUCAACAACGGCUGCACGUACGCGCAAGAAGCGUACCAAAUCCUGCUCACAGGCUCGCCUUGCUCUUCUGGACCAGCGACUACGACGCAUACGGCGACAACUACGGCUACGUCGAGUCCGACGAAGACUGCGACGACGACGAGUACCGGGGCCACGAGCACGGCGACGGGGACGGUGGGGCAGUGGAGCCAGUGUGGUGGGAUUGGAUAUACGGGGAGCACGGUUUGCACGCCGCCGUACGUGUGUGUUGAGACUUCGGUUUGGUGGAGUCAGUGUGAAUGAUCUAGUCCAGUUCUGGGUUUGUGAAAAUGGGAACGUGUGUGUGUAAAUAUCAAUCUGAUGGGUAUUUCUUAGGGUAAUUGGACUGUAUUUAUUGCAUUGCAGUGUGCUGGAAAUCGCGGAAGAAAUCAGGAACUGUUCUUCAUCUGAAUGGGAAAUUGGUAAAUGAGUUAAUUAUCAGACGUUUGUCAACAACAAUUGCGUCUGGCUACCAACUUUUAAG